UAAACGCCAAGCACACAACAUUGGCCUCCUGUUGCCAUGGCGCGAUUCCAACUGCUGCCAAUGUUGACGGUAGUUUUCGGGGCUGGAGUGUUGACUGCGGUUUCGGCCGCCUUGGUAACGAACGAUGUGCAUCUUCCGGAGGAACAGAACACCCGUCGCCAUCAUUCGUACCAGAAAGAUGGACAACCGCACAUGAAGGCAUCGUAUCUGGAGUCGGUCACAACUAGCCCACCCUUUCAGCUGGAACACCAGCAAACGGAAAAGGACGCACGCGAGUUUGUGGCCAACAUGACCGAUGCCGAUAUGCUUGUCCCGAGCUGGUGCAAGGAGUGCAAUGCCACCAUGAUGCAUUAUUGCCGCACGUCUCGAUUCAUAAACGAUCACUGUUGCUGUGAAUAUUCGCACGACGGAGAGAAACUGCCACAGAUUCCCCACACCUGCCAUCGCCAGUUGCAAGGGGAUUGCGAGGUGAACGCCGGAUCAUGCGGAAAGUAUCGCGUGAUCAAAGAGUGCUGCUGCGAUCGGGCAACGAAGCAGGAGUAUAAAAAGAAACUCUCAGCCGGGUCCAGUAUUGGACCAACCAGGAUUUUGCUGUUGCUUCUUGUACUAGCCUGUGCCUUCACCUGUUGCGCUCUACUGCAUCUGUACAAUUAGGCAGGCAGUCACCAAGUCAACAGAAACCUCGUACUUAAGUGACCUUACAUUCGUUGGCGCUAAAUUUGGCCUCAAAAUCACUCCUCGAAAUUUUCAAUUUUGUCUGUACGAAAUCAAUUUUGUAUAGCGGGUAAAACAAAAAUUCAUCACGUAGAGACAAAUAUUCAUGACUUCGAGGCAACAUUUAGCAGUGACGAGUACACCCAUUUGGUUCUGAAUGACUGGAGGAUAACCCAAAAGGAAAAUUCAUUAAGCUAUCUCGCUCUGCCUAACCAACAAUCAAACCUGCCAAAGCGAGAAAGCAUGUUGUUUUUUCCAUUUGGGUUAUGAGCAAGAGAUUUCGCAUACCGGUAUAUAUUAAAGGGUAUAUAACAUACAGGAUGAUGCAUGUAGAACUACUGGAUUCUGGAUACUGGAUCUUCACUACGACCUACUACCAUUAUAUCUGUAACGAUUAUAAAAACACGGCUUGUCGAACCAUACAAAGGUGUUGGCAUGCAAGUUCGAAAUGGCUUACUAGAUCUGAGCUAUGUAAUGAUCUGUAUCCUAUACUAACUCUGGACUAUUAUUCUGGACCCCUUGUUACGAACCUCGUACGGAUAAUUCAAACGGAAAAGUCAACACACAUUCUCGCUCUGCCUAACUAACAAUCAAACCUGCCAAGGCAGGGUCGGGUUAUCCAUUACAGAUUCGUAAUAAGGGGGUAUGCCAAGGGAUAAUUCAAUAGGAACAAUAUUUUAUCGAAAAAGAAUAGAUGUUCAUCAUUCAGAAUGUAACGUUUGCAUUCCUUUCCGGUUUCAUUAUGGAAAAAAAUUGUAUCUAUAAUUCGUAUCGCACUGUGGAUAGCGUUGGUGUUGAACACCAGACACGGUUAUGAAUGAUGUGGAUAUAUUUGUUUGUUGGCUAGUGCAUAUGUAAGAAUCAUAGCAAAACUAUGAAAUCGCGAUGAAGAUGAAUUUAAUUCGGAGACAUAUUACUAUCAUCGAUAUUGUCCCCAGCUACCAUUUUAAAGGAAAAACAUGGUAAUAGGAAGUUAAUAUAAAUGCAAAACACAAACUAAUUAACAAAGUAUGGUUUUUUUAAUUUUCGGAACAAAUGUGAAACACAUAAACACAUUAGGAACAUAAACGCUAUGCACAGUUAUUAGUUUUAAUUAAUGCUAACAAAAUGAAUGGUUUGUGAAGUGACAGCUAAGGUACAUACCAAAGGGGCGAUCAA